UCUGUUAUUGUCACGUGACAACCCGGGACGCUCCUCCUCGUGGCCUCGCGGCCGUCCGAAGUGAUGAAACGCCCUGAAAUCAACUGCUGACGUCUCCUAAAGACGUCCGGUACCGGCAGUCCCGUUACUUGGUGAGAGCAGAGAACCCCCGGAGAGAUUUUCCCGCUGAUUUACCGGAUUUAACGGUGAACUCGCGGCGGCGUUAGCAUUAGCUUAGCAUAGCUGGAGACGAGGAAGCUGGAACUGAAGACAAAGUAACUUUUAUCAUCGCUAUUUUUCUUUACAAAAUUCCUGGUGUAAACGUUGUGACUCUGUGGCUCCCCCCUGUGGACAGAAUGCGAGGCAGAGAUAGAAGGUCCCACCUGGGGCUGCUGCUCCUGGCCUCCCAGGUGUUCCAGGUGGGCCUGGACAGGAUCCCCCCUGUCACGCUGGCCGUCAUGGCCCUCAACGUGUACCUUUAUCUGUUCCCCGCGGCCCCCCUCAUGAAGACCUGCAUCAGCGUUCAUCAAGCCUACCGGUAUAAGGACUGGCGUCGACUCCUGCUGUCCCCCGUGCACCACGCCGAUGACCUCCACCUUUACUUCAACAUGGUGUCUUUCCUGUGGAAGGGGGUCCGGCUGGAGCGGCGGCUGGGCGGGGCGUGGUUCCUCUACCUGCUGUCCGUCUUCUCUCUGCUCACCGGAUGCGUUUAUCUGGUGCUGGAGGGCUUGCUGACGGAGCUGACCCAGGAUCAGUCUUACAGUGCAGCGUGCGCCGUUGGAUUCUCAGGCGUCCUGUUUGCUCUGAAGGUGCUCAAUAACCAUUACCACCCCGGAGGAGUGACCUACGUCAUGGGCAUCCCCGUCUCCAACCGCUACGUCAGCUGGGUGGAGCUUGUGCUGAUCCACAUCACUUCCCCCGGAACCUCUUUUGUUGGUCACCUGGCAGGAAUUUUGGUGGGUCUGCUGUACACGGCGGGACCGCUGAAGACCCUCAUGAAGAAAUGCGCAGAGUUCGUGAGCUGGACUGGACAAAGGUCCCGGGCCGGCCCGACCUUCAGCGGCUCAGGUUCCAGCGGCUUCGGAGGAGGACACUCUGGAAACUUCCAGCCCCCGCCGCCCUACACGGCAUCCUACACAGGAGGGCUGACGGAGGAGGAGCAGCUGGAGGCGGCGAUCAGGAACAGUCUGAACGACAGAGGACAAAACUACCAGAGAGGAGCGCCGCCACCGUACGGCUUCAACCUGCCCAGUGAGCCGACUGCUGACGAGUUGCGGUGGAGGAGGCUGAGGAGGUUCGACAGCUGAGGAACAGCUUCAGGAGGACAGACUGAAGUUUGAGGAGGUCCAGCAGAGCUUUACAGACUUGUGUUUUAAAAGCCUCCUAGAGGAUGACAUCACCAGCUCUUAUUGUGAAAGGAUCCUCAGACCGGCAGCGUGUUGGAACCAGCAGCCGCAGGGUCCUGCUGCUCCAGAGGAACUCUGAAAUAAAUGUGAUGACCUGACGUGAAGA